AUGACCGCCAAUGACUGCUCCAUGUGUGAAGAGGAGCAUUUCAUCGAUAAGUGCCUCAAAUUCAAGCAGUUGUCGCCGGAAAACAAGAAGGACUUCGUCGAAAAGAAGUACCUCUGCUUCAACUGCUUGGGGAAGCACUCCAUUCGUGCCUGUAGGACCACGAAGAUGUGCGUUGUGUGUCACAAGCGUCACCAGUGGAUGAUCCACGUCACACGCCUUCAGAAUGGUCCUCUGGAGACAUCUCAACCAGACCAGUUGAAGUCUCAAGAUAUUCUUGCGGUAAAGCUAGGUUUGUUGAAGUCUCCACCUUUGCUACCUGUCGUUAUUAUUGGUGGAUCAAGGUCAUGCUCAAAAGAAUUCUCUCAGUUCUGUCUGAAGUCUCUGCACUCAAACAAACAUCUUCAGAUUAAAGCCUACAUUCUUGACCAUCUCACAUCAUCGUUGCCGUCGUUCUUAGUCUCGGAUACUCAAGCUUGGGGCCAUCUCGAGGGACUGAAGUUAGCUGAUCCGGAAUACAUGGAGCCAAGACCUAUUGACUUUCUCAUUGGCACGGAUUUCUUCGGAUCUAUUGUGGAGCCACAGAUCAUCAAGGGGCCUUCAGACUCCCCUAUAGCAAUGCACACUAGCUUCGGUUGGGUGGUACUAGGAUCUACAUCAGCGGUGAUUCCAAUGGUGGCCAGCUCUAAUCACAUUGCAAUCAGCAACGAGGAACUCUACGACCUUCUCACUUCGUUCUGGCUGCAGGAGGAGGUCCCAACAGCCGAAGAUAGUGAUCUCACGAACGAGGAGGCAGAAUGUGAGGAGUUUUUCCAGUGCACCCAUUCACGAGACAGCUCAGGGCGCUAUGUGGUUCGCCUGCCUCUUGCACGUUCUCCAACAGAGCUUGGCGACUCUUAUGGUCGGGCUAAAGCGUUUCUCUCCAGCCUGUUCCGGAGAAUGGAGAGGGAUCAACGAACCUUUCAGCUAUAUAGUGUUUUCGUCAAGAAGUACGAAGAUCUGGGACACAUGAAUUUUUCUGUUAUCACAGUAAAAUUGGUGUCAAAGUGGGAUCCUUAUCCUGAUGAUUAA